CAACGCCGCAGUCCCUCCUCACCAUGAAGGUCGCUACCACGCUAACUCUCGCUUUUAUCUGCUGCGCAUCUGCGUUUGGGUUAAAUGGCCAAACUACUAGCGUCAUGAAGAAGGUCGGAUUCGACGCCGGAAGCAAGCCGAUGGUGCAGGCAAUCGAUGUUCAAGGCAACCGUCUUGGCUCCAACAUGCAACCUCUGAAGAGUGCUGUUGCCAAUGAGGAUGCCCCUCGCGGUGGGGCAACCAAAUCGCCCGUCGACAUUGGCCUUUUGCUCUACUUUGGUCUGUGGUACCUCGGAAACUACUAUUACAACAUCACCAACAAGCUUGCUCUAAAUGCGGCCGGAGGAAAAGUAGGUUUCCCGAUGACCAUCUCGAGCCUCCAGUUGGGUGUUGGAAGCAUCUAUGCCCUCUUCCUCUGGUUGGCACCCGAUGCUCGCUCCAGACCUAAAAUAUCUAUGGAUGACAUAGUCAAGAUGCUACCGGUCGCCCUCUGCUUCAUGGGUGCCCACUCUGCUUCCGUGUUCGCUAUGGGCAUGGGAGCUGUUUCGUUCGCUCAGAUUGUUAAGGCUUCUGAGCCGGCUUUUGCUGCUGUUCUCUCCCAAUUCGUUUACGGCAAGAAGGUCUCGACGGCUAAAUGGCUCUGUUUGCCCAUUGUUAUUGGAGGCGUGAUCUUGGCUUCCGUUAAGGAACUCGACUUUGCUUGGUCGGCCCUUAUUGCCGCCUGCAUCGCCAACAUGUUCGCAGCUGUUCGUGGCAACGAAAACAAGAAACUCAUGGAAACUCCCGGACUCAAGGAUCGCAUCGGAACUGUCGGAAACCAGUUCGCCAUCACAACUGUGUUGGGAUUCAUCCUCAGUCUACCUGUUUUGUUUCUCAGAGAAGGAUCGCGCUUCGGAGAAUUCGUUCAGCUCGCAAAGACCACCCCUGCUAUUUGGAUGAACUUGGUCGCCUCUGGUCUCUGGUUCUAUGGAUACAACGAGUGUGCCACUAUGACUCUCAAGAAGACUGGUGCUGUGACUCAGUCCGUUGCCAACACUGCCAAGCGCGUAAUUGUCAUCGUUGGUGUUGCCCUUGUGCUCGGAGAAUCUCUCUCUCCUAUAAAGUUGAUUGGAUGCUCUAUCGGUAUUGGAGGAGUUUUCCUGUACUCUAUUAUUGACAAUCUUGUCAAGCCCAAGAAGUAAGGUGCGCAUCUUUUGGAUGCCGAUCUUAUUACAUAAGGAAAAGCCAUAAAGUAUUAGUGAGGAUACCAAGUGCUGGCCGAGAAGAGUUAACGUAGAAAGUAGCUGUAACAGUCUGUCUCAUUUGGAAAGCUUAAAGUUGAUGACAAGUAAAACUUAGAACAAAAUGCUGAACAAUGAUUUAGUGGCCUCGAGCUUGAUGUAAGAGUAGAUAUGACCGUUUACAAUUCGUCUUCGGCACCUUCUUCGUCCUCAAAUGAAGAAAGGAUCUGCUUGACCCAUUUGUAGUUCGACUUUUCAUGAAUUUCAUCCACCUUCUCGUUGUAGGAUUCAACCAUCUUUUCGUACUGGUCGUUGAUUUCCUCGAGCCCCUCGUCAAAUUCCGCCUGGGAGGCUUCGAGUUUGGCGUCAACUGCAGCCGCGGCUUCUUCCAAUUCUUCACGAGAUUUGGUCUGCAAGUCGGCGAUGACUUUCUGAACUUCAUCACCACAGGAAUCCAAAUUGCGGACACUGCAGAUCGGCUUUGCAAUGUUCUCCUCUGCAAACGCCUUGAGCGUUUCCAAGUCCCGUGGUCCUUCGUAGAGUUCAAGUGACAUGGCGUCACCGUACAUGAGGGUUGGAAAUCCCGUCACUUCUAAUUCCUCGCACAGUUGUUCCUCCACCGUGCAGUCGACUUCGGCAACUAGGCCCACCUCAUGAUCCUUCCAAAUCUCAGCCAAUUCUUCCCAAUCCUCCGCCAUAGCUUUACAGUGGCCACACCAUGGCGCAAAGAACUUGAUAAAAACCGACUUUCCGGUCGUGAUCUCGUGAAAAUUAUUCUGAUGGAGCUGGACGACCUCCCCUGCUACCAGAGGGAUCGAAAGCGCUAAGUAUAAGGCCAACUUCGUCAUGGUCAUGGU